AUGGGGAGGAAAAAGAUUCAGAUCCAGCGAAUCACCGAUGAGCGGAACCGACAGGUGACAUUCACCAAGCGGAAGUUCGGGCUCAUGAAGAAGGCGUACGAGCUAAGUGUGUUAUGCGACUGCGAGAUCGCGCUCAUCAUCUUCAACCACUCCAACAAGCUGUUCCAGUACGCCAGCACGGACAUGGACAAGGUGCUGCUCAAGUACACAGAGUACAACGAGCCGCACGAGAGCCGCACCAAUGCUGACAUCAUCGAGACCCUGAGGAAGAAGGGCUUCAACGGCUGCGACAGCCCCGAGCCGGACGGGGAGGACUCGCUGGAACAGAGCCCCCUGCUGGAGGACAAGUACCGGCGCGCCAGCGAGGAGCUGGACGGGCUCUUCCGGCGCUAUGGGUCAGCUGUCCCGGCCCCCAACUUUGCCAUGCCUGUGACAGUGCCCGUGUCCAAUCAGAGUUCACUGCAGUUCAGCAAUCCCAGCAGUUCCCUGGUCACCCCUUCCCUGGUGACAUCAUCCCUCACGGACCCACGGCUCCUGUCCCCCCAGCAGCCAGCACUACAGAGGAACAGUGUGUCUCCUGGUCUGCCCCAGCGCCCGGCCAGUGCAGGGGCCAUGCUGGGGGGCGACCUCAACAGUGCUAAUGGAGCCUGCCCCAGCCCUGUUGGGAACGGCUAUGUCAGUGCUCGGGCUUCCCCUGGCCUCCUCCCUGUGGCCAAUGGCAACAGCUUAAACAAGGUCAUCCCUGCCAAGUCUCCACCCCCACCCACCCACAGCGCCCAGCUUGGAGCCCCCAGCCGCAAGCCCGACCUGAGGGUCAUCACUUCCCAGGGAGGAAAGGGGCUAAUGCACCACUUGAACAAUGCCCAGCGCCUUGGGGCCUCCCAGUCUACCCACUCGCUCACCACCCCAGUGGUUUCCGUGGCAACACCGAGUUUACUCAGCCAGGGCCUCCCCUUCUCUUCCAUGCCCACCACCUACAACACAGAUUACCAGCUGACCAGUGCAGAGCUGUCCUCCUUACCAGCCUUCAGCUCACCUGGGGGGCUGUCACUAGGCAAUGUCACCACCUGGCAGCAGCCACCGCAGCCCCAGCAGCCGCCCCAGCCGCAGCCCCAGCCCCAGCCCCAGCCGCAGCCUCAGCCGCAGCCACAGCAGCAGCAGCAGCAGCAGCAGCAGCCGCCACAGCCACAGCAGCAGCAGCCCCACCUGGUCCCUGUGUCUCUCAGCAACCUGAUCCCUGGCAGCCCCCUGCCCCACGUGGGUGCUGCCCUCACGGUCACCACCCACCCCCACAUCAGCAUCAAAUCGGAGCCUGUGUCCCCGAGCCGCGAACGCAGCCCUGCGCCUCCCCCUCCAGCCGUGUUCCCGGCUGCCCGCCCUGAGCCUGGCGACGGCCUCAGCAGCCCAGCCGGGGGCUCCUAUGAGACGGGGGACCGGGAUGACGGACGGGGGGACUUCGGGCCCACCCUGGGCCUGCUGCGCCCAGCCCCAGAGCCUGAGGCCGAGGGCUCCGCUGUGAAGAGGAUGCGGCUCGACACCUGGACAUUAAAGUGA